AUGUUCACUACACGGUCGCCUGCCAAAUUCAUCAUUCGGCACCAGAAUGAGGGUUAUACGGAGAACAGGAUCGCACACGAAGCCGAGGAUGUAUUUCUUGGCUUCGAUCGAGUCCCGAUUUAUCACAAGAUCAAAUUCUGCCUUCGAGAUCCUCAUGGGUGUGAACUUGCUCAAGAUAUCCUCGAUGUCGCACACUGUUGCCCGCUCCAUACUCCACCACCUCCACGGGAGGUGGUGGAGUAUGGAGCGGGCAACAGUGUGCGGGAUUACCUAUUCCUGCUCGCUUCGAUACAGUACUUAUUGAUGUUGGUGCUAAUGGGCAUCCUGGUGCCAAAGGUUUGCGCUGUUUUUUGGAUUCCUGACCGUGUACUCAAUGAACUUUUUCCCGCCACACAUCCGCCACGCCACCUUGCAUAUGUGGAGUGGUUCAAACCUUUCACGCUUCCUAAUAGUAAUCAUUGUAUGUACAAACUCAAGCGUGUCUUGCAGAACGGUGUGCGCUCUGCGGGUAUCAUUCCUGUUGCCAGCAUCCGUCGUACUGUACACCUGUUUCCGCAGUUCGGCCCUCAUUUUCCAGAUGGCUAG